GCUUAUCAGUUGACAAUAUUUUCUACAUUUUUAACCAAAAGAAAUGGAACAUGUUGGAGCUUUUUUUGAUGAAGAAUGGGAGUCAUUGAGCAAAUUAUUCUCUAGUACUGAAACUGCAGAUUUCAUGCUGCAAUUGCAAGGUGAUCAUGGAAGUAUGUUCUCGAUAAAUGGUAGCGAUAAUGCUGGCUCGAGCUAUAGGACUGAUAAUCCACAAGUAGCAUUCUCUCAAUUGUCUGAUGAAGUUAACAAUAACUUUCAAUAUUUAUCUCAAGAAAGUAGCAUUACUAGCUGUGGAAGUGAUCAUGGAAUGUUUUUUACUAACCCGAGCCACGACCAUCUGCAGCAUUCUAACAACAUUGAUGAUGUUAACAAUCAGCUUCUUCAAGUAGCAAUCAACAACAACCUUCCUGAUGAGUAUCAGUCCAUUGAUUUCUUCGAUAUGGACAGCAAAAAUCUUGAAAAUUUGUGUAUUAAUCAAGAUUUUCAAGCUGAAAUGGUAUGCGAUCAAUUGGACAAUGCUGGAAUUUCCCCUGUUUCACCCAAGGAAAUGCAACUGAAAAGGAAAUGUGACAAAAUAGCGCAUGAAAAUCCAAAGAAGAAAUCGCGGGGUUCACAAGAUGCACAGAAAAGUACUAAGAAAAAGGCGCAGCCAAAAAAGGGGAAAAAGAAUCAGAAAAUGACUCAAAUUAACAAUGAAGAAGGAGAAGAAGAGACUAACAACAAUGCAGAUAACCAAAUUGCACAAAGCUCGAGUUGCUGCAGCUCUGAGGAUGAUUCUAAUGCAUCUCAAGAACUAAAUGGAGGCACGGUAUCUUCAAACACCAAAGGAAAGUCAAGAGCUAGCAGAGGAGCUGCAACAGAUCCACAAAGCCUUUAUGCAAGGAGAAGAAGAGAAAGAAUUAACGAAAGAUUGAGAAUCUUGCAGAACCUUGUUCCUAAUGGCACAAAGGUUGACAUUAGCACAAUGCUUGAAGAAGCAGUUACUUAUGUGAAGUUUUUGCAGCUUCAAAUUAAGUUACUGAGCUCAGAUGAACUUUGGAUGUAUGCACCACUUGCUUAUCAUGGAAUGGACAUUGGCAUCUAUCAAAAAAUGCUACCAAAUCUGCAAUGACUUUAGAAGCAACAUGAAUUGUUGCAAUUUUUUUUAUUAAGUAUUUACUUAUAAAUAACAGAUCACAACAGAAACCCCCAUAUAUGCUGACUAUGUACAAAAAAAAAAUACAUCUAUCAUUUCUUCUUGAUCAUGAGGAAUAAUUCUCAUGUUUUAUAAAGUAAUAUUUUAAA